AGAGCUUCCGGGAGAGAAGUUUAAACAGAGAAGAGAGAUUGACCAGACUGGCAAGGGUACCUUCUGGUCACCUGGCACUGGCAUCAGACUUGAGGGUCCUGUGUAAAUCACACCAUUUACCGAGGAUGGAUGAGGACAUAAAUUGUAUGACUGAGAGAAUUAUAAUAAACCUUACCCUUGAGAUCAUCUAUAUCCUGACCGGAGAGGAUUACACAGUAGUGAAGAAGACUGGUAUGGAGUGUAUGACACCCAGCAGCACUCGCAGCAUGUUAGUAGGCUGGAGACGAGCUCAUAGCUCCUUUACUGUGCCUUCACCUCACUCGUUACUUGAGAGAAACAAGAAUGUGAAGAUCCUGGAACUUACCAAUAAGAUCAAUCAGCUGCUGACUGGGGAGGUUUCUAUAAGGUGUCAGGAUGUCACUGUCUAUUUCUCUAUGGAGGAGUGGGAAUAUUUAAAAGAACAUACAGAUCUGUACAAAGACGUCAUACGGAUUAAUCACCAGCCCCACACAGGCCCAGAUGGAUCCAGUGAUAUUACUAGCCUAGAAGGAUGCUUCAGUUCUCCUUAUACCGAGGAUUGUCCAACAGAAAGUCCCUGUGCCAUGCCAGAUCCUCAGGGUAAAGAUUUGAUUAAUAUUAAAAUUGAAGUAAUAGAUGAUGAAGAAGAAGAAACUUAUAUGAGGAGUGAUCAGCAGUGUAAGGAGGAGAACACUAAUGCUUAUAUCUGUCCAGGUCAACAGAGCAGAAGAAAUAUAGUAAAUGGACAUUUAAAUUUUUCUUCGGAUUGUGAAACAGAAGUUAAUAUCUCUUCUCAAGUUCCACCAGGAAAAAGCUCCACUACCCCAAAUCUACCCCCAGUUGUCCAUAGCACAUGUCUAUUUUGUGAUUCCUCUAAUCACGAAGAACAGUCUUUUGAUACGUUGCCUAUUGAUACACAAAGUGCAGAUCAUACAGAAGGCAAAAUUUAUCCGUGUUAUGACUGUAGAAAAAAGACAAACCUUAUAGCACAGCAGAGAAUUCUCAUAGGGGAGAAGCCAUUUUCAUGUUCAGAGUGCGGGAAAUGUUUUACAUCGAAAGCUAAUCUUCUUCAACAUUGGCGAAUUCAUACAGGAGAGAAGCCAUUUAGAUGUGCUGAGUGUGGGAAAUGUUUUACCUGGAAAUCAAGCCUUCUGGACCAUCAGAGAGUUCACACUGAUGACCCACAAUUUCGAUGUUCUGAGUGUCCAAAAAGCUUUGUGCAUAAAUUGUCUCUUGUUAAGCACAAGAGAAUCCAUACUGGAGAGAGGCCAUUUUCCUGCUCUGAAUGUGGGAAAUGUUUUUCACAGAAAUCUGAUUUCAUUAAACACCAGAGAAUCCACACAGGGGAGAGGCCAUUUUCAUGCUCUGAGUGUGGGAAAUGCUUUACACAGAAGCCACAUCUUGUGCGCCAUGAAAUGAUUCACAAACAUUAACAGGACAAUUAUUAGGACUUUUUAUCGUUUUAACAUUUUUAUUUUUUGUAAAUAUCAGGAAAACAACAUCACUAGAUCUAAAUUAUUUGUCCAUGCUGGAUACAGACUCAGAGUUACAAAGUCCCACUCAAUGAAUCAGAACUUUGUGUGAGUUGUAAGCUAUUCAGUCCUUUGUUCUGUCUGCCUAGGGUUUUAUUAUAGGCCUCAAAUGUACAGCCAUAUUCAUACAAGCUUACAGUUAUAAUAUGGCAACCAAGAAGGUAUAUGGAGUGUUACUGUGCCUCCAAUGUCAUACAAAAUUGUACAGAGAAAAAUUGUUGCACGCUAAUUCAGAUACUGUAUUAUAGUCUUAUUCAUCCUAGAAGCAUAGGUUCCCAGAGAGAUUAUCUCCAUAAUAUGGUGUCAUACAGUGGCACUACAGCAGUAUGGUAUGGAACUGCAAGGAUAUGCAAGCUCCAUGCAUACACUCUGCUGUGUCUAUAGGCCUUACUCCUAUUUUAAGACAUGAAAUGCUCUUGGUAUAAUAUCCUUUUAAUUGAUAUAUUUCAACAUUUUGUUUGUGUUUGGUCUUGUUGUGACACUGCAGGGUUCAAGUAAAACUAUACCUUUGAGUUGGGUAAACAAAAUUUUGUAUAGAGGUUGUAUUCAAUAAUACUUGUUUAUGCAACAUAGAACUUAAAAGAAAUAUGUCAUCAUAAAUUAUUAAAUCAAUUUUAUUGUUUUUUGUUUUGUUUUGUUUUUCUGUUUUUUUUUUUUAUAGAGCUUUUGGUGAGAUGUCCAAAAAGAAUCCCUGCCAUUAUAGUUAAGAAAAAAAAUCUAAAAUUUUUUCACUGGCCACCAAAUCUAAUAUGUCAAGUCUUCCUGUUUUAGAUAUAUAUUUUAAAGCAGCCUCAUAGUACAUAGACACAAUAAACUCAAGUGGAUCUAACUGACUGCUGUUGGUGUAUUUUCUAGCCACCUCUGCAGAGGUCAUUGUAAAGGGUUAGUAGGUGAUUUAUUUAUUUUUUUUACCUGUGAAUGGUGAAUUCUGCUUUAUCUAUACAAGGCUUAUCUGUCAUUGUAAUCCUCCCUGUGUUGAUAACAAGAUGACUACUGACUGAUCUGUACUGAAUAGGAAGUUUCUACACAUUAUUAGGGUAAGUGGCCAGUGUGAAAUUGCUGAUUUUUUUUAAAUAAAAAAUUUAAUCAAAAUAUGUUUAACAUAAAAAGAAGACUUCGAACCGCAGCCAACUCUGCAGAACGUGGAACGGAGGAGGAGGAGGCAGUGGAUUCACCCUAUUGUCUCUCAGCGGCACAGGAAGGGUCAUUUCCACGUGCUGUACAUGGAUAUGCGACAGCAUCCUGAUAAAUUUCAUCUGUAUUGUCGUAUGUCUGUGAGCAGCUUUGACUUGUUGUUAGCGACUCUGCACCCUGGCCUCACCUAGCGGGACACAAAUAUGAGGAGCUGCAUUUCUCCAGAGGAACGGCUCAUCAUCACGUUGAGGUAUGCAUCGUUUAUUUUAUAGAAUGUGCUUAGUAAUACAUGUUAUUAAUGUUAUCAUGUUGUUAUAUGUGUCAGUGUCGUGCCAAAUUUUUCAAUGGUAAAUUGAGAAAUAGUAGUGUAGACAGGCACUCUAUACUAGGAGACACACAUGUAGAUAUAGAGUGCACGUCUACAGUACUUUUUUUCGAUUUUCCAUUUUAUCUGACUGGGUGAUUCAGGCUAGACGACUAGCACCUAUACAUAUUUACUGAGCGGGUGACCAACCACUUUGGUUAUAUUAGUUGUAAAUAGUGGUUGUUAUAGUAUAUAAUCUUUUUUUCUUUUUGUUUUUCAGA